AUGACCCACCGCGCAGCACUACUCCGCUCGGCAUUGUGCCUCACGACAGCGAAACCACGACCGUCACCGACGCUCUUCUGCUUCCCCGGACUUGAGUCAGCACCGUGGCACGACACUUGCAAGUUUGAAUGGAUCAAACAGCUCGAGGCCAACCGCGAGACCAUCACCAACGAAUAUCUGGCGCUUAAGGAGCAACGUGAUGCGCUGUCCAAGAGCUCUGAGGCCGCGACUGAGGCGAGCGAUUAUAAGGUCUACGAUAAGGAGCACCAGCUGCACCAGGGCGAGUGGGAUUGGCUCUCGUACGUGACCCAGGGCCGACGCCAAGCAGACUUUGCUGUACAAUGUCCCAAGACAGUGGAGACCUUGGAAAAUAUUCCGGGCUUCAUGGCUGGACUUCCGUUCGCUUACUCGUUCUUCUCCAUCUUGAAGCCCGAGUCGAGUAUUAAGGCUCACUCGGCACCAUGCAAUAUCCGGUUACGUUGUCAUUUUCCCCUGAUCGUCCCGGAAGGCUGCGGGAUUCGCGUUGGAGAUGAAACACGACAAUGGGAAGAGGGCAAGGCGCUCGUGUUGGAUGACGCCUUUGACCACGAGGUGUGGCACAAUGGAAAGGAGGGAGACCGCGUGCUGCUGCUGUUUGACGUUUGGCAUCCGGAUCUUGUCCAGGGAGAACGCGAGGCAAUCACCGAAAUGUUCAAAGAGGCGAAGGAGAAGGGCUGGCUUAAAGACUACGAGUAA